AUGUCGUCUUCUUCGUCGCGCAACCGCGAGGCCCUGAUCCGGCAGUUUCGGGCCAUCACCAACGCAACGCAGCAGGACGCCCAGCGCCUGCUCAAGGCGAGCUCCUACCGGAUCGAAGCGGCGACCGACGCCUUUUUCAGCGAUGCGACGGCCAUGGCCAAUGCGGCAAAGGCCUCUGGAGCGUCGGCGGGCGUAGACAAGAAGACGGACAAGGAGGCCACCGACAGGCUGUCGCAGCUGUUUGACAAGUACAAGGAUGCCGACGAGGACAAGAUCACGAUCGAGGGCGCCAUGGCCAUGUGCGAGGACCUCGAGGUCUCGCCCGAGGACGUCGUCUUCCUCCCGCUCUCGUACUACCUGCGGUCCGAAUCCAUCGGCUCCUUUGGCCGCAAGGAGUACAUCGAGGGCUGGAAGAUGCUCGGGUACGCCGACACGCUCGACAAGCAAAAGGCCGCGCUGGACAAGCUGCGCGACGAGCUCAGGCGCAACGCGCCCGUCAGGCCCGAGCGGCUCGCGCUCGAGGGCAAGCGGAGCGGCGCGGGCCUCUACGAAAAGGUCUACGAGUACACCUACGCCUUUGCCCGUCCCGAGGGUCAGAAGAGCCUACCGCUCGAGACGGCCCUGGCCUUUUGGGACCUCGUCCUGCCCGCGUCCCCCACAUUCGAGGGCUCCGAAGCCGGCGGCAAGUUUACGCAGGCCCAGCUCGAGCUCUGGAAGAGGUUCCUCUCGGAAAAAACCGGGGGCCGUGCGGUCAGCAAAGACACAUGGACACAGUUCAUUGACUUUACGAGAGAGAUCGACCGCGACUUUGGCAACCACGACUUUGACGCUGCCUGGCCAUCGGUCAUCGACGACUUUGUAGAGUGGGCAAAGGUCAACGGGGGCGCGAGCAAGGACGGCAUGGACACCAGCUAG